GACGUCAGAGGAGUGGGGCGCUCAGCUAAAGCUUAGUUGUCAGUGUACCUUCGGCUGGAAAAGUUAGUCUCCUGUGGUUAGUGUAUCUGACUGCAAUGAUUGUAAGGAUUUUACUGUUUGCCUGCUUACUAGGCCUAGUUAGAUCACAAUCUGGUGAUCUGGAUGUAUUAAUUGAAGAUGUAUUCGGGAAAGAUCCUGCUCUGCCAGAGGAUAAACAAGGAAAUACCGAUCCAAAAAACAAUAAGCCAAGGGAAGCUGUUGAUGAAAAUGGUGAUCAGUGCAGUUGUGUCCCAUAUUACCAGUGUAACAAUGGAAAUGUAGUGACUGAUGGUACUGGAAUACUAGACAUAAGGAUAAGAGGUGUUUGUGAAGAUUAUAUAGAUCAAUGCUGCAAAGAUCCAACUGAAAAGCCUAUUGAGCCAGAACCUAGAGAAAGGAAGGGAUGUGGUCAACGUCACCCAGAUGGUGUCGGCUUCAGAAUAAUUGGGGAUAACAACAAUGAAGCACAAUUUGGUGAAUUUCCUUGGAUGGUUGCACUAUUGAGGCGAAGUGUUUUAGAAGAUGGUACAGAAUUAAUGGUAUACCAGUGUGGAGGAGCACUUAUCCAUGAAAGUGUUGUUUUAACAGCAGCUCACUGUGUUACCAAAAAAAAAGAAGACAGUGAGAUAUAUGUCCGAGCAGGAGAAUGGGACACCCAAAGAACAAAUGAAAUUUUUCCUCAUCAGAACAGAAAAGUUGUGCGGACCAUUGUUCAUCCUGGAUUUCAGUCUGGAAAUUUAUGGAAUGAUUUUGCAUUGUUAGUGAUAGAGAAACCAUUUGAGUUUGCUGAAAAUGUUGAUACAGUUUGCCUGCCAUCGCCAGGAGUUGUGCCACUUAGCAGAGAAUGUUAUGCCAGUGGGUGGGGAAAAGACCUGUUCGGUCAGAAAGGUACAUAUCAAGUAAUUCUCAAGAAAAUUGAUCUACCAAUAGUACCUAAGGACCAUUGUGUCGAUCUCCUCCGCAAAACCAGGCUUGGUCAAUACUUCAGAUUACAUGAAAGCUUUGUGUGUGCAGGAGGAGUGGUCGGAAAAGAUACUUGUAAGGGAGACGGAGGAAGUCCACUAGUUUGCCCAAUCGAGGGAAAACCAGGAACAUAUGAAGUGACUGGUUUAGUUGCUUGGGGCAUUGGUUGUGGAGAUGAAACUCCAGGAGUAUAUGCUGGUGUAGCAUAUGCUCGCCCUUGGAUAGACAAGACCAUGGCAGAUAUUGGUUUUUCUCUGUAGUGAAAAGACAAAAGAACUGAACUGUUUUCAGAAAACAAUCAACUACAGAGCUUUCAUUUUAUCUAUGCAGGUUAAAUUUUAGAAUCUAUUACUUAAUAUAUAAUGGUAGUGACAUCGUUUUGUGACUAGUACAUUUUAAAAACUGAUAAAUGUUGAUUGACAUCCAAUUCAUGUAAAUAUUUUAUUUUUAAUAAAAUAAAUUAUUUUUUAGGUAUAUUAAGAGAAUAAUUUAAAUUUAAGUUUUAAUGUAAAGAGACUGUUGACAAUGCAAUAUUUCAUUGUUUUCAGACUAUAUUUUUCCUUAAUUUCAAGAAUGUUCAAUGCUGUAUGUCUAUUUAUUGAACAUGCCAUAUCACUAUGACAAUAUUUUAAAACUAUUGUCAUUUAUGUAUAUAAGCAAAAUUAUCUUUUUAAAAUUGUAAAAUAAUAUGAUUUAUCAUAAGUAAAAUUAAGAGAUGUUCUUAAAUAUGUAUAUAAAAUAUAUCUAUUGAAAUUAAUGAAUUAGUAAAAUAAAUUUAUAUUUCAUUUAUAUAA